GGUCUGUCAUUUCACACCGCCACGAAAAACAUUCUUCAAAUCUCAAUAAAGAUUUUCAACUUAAUUUUUAAUUAUAUAUAGCUGAAUAAAAAUCUUUCUUAAGAUGCCGACAAUAGGUGUAAAAAAAGAGUUAUUAUUUGAAGCAUUAGGAAAAUCAUACACUGAUGAUGAAUUCCAGAAACUUUGUUUCGAGUUUGGCUUGGAACUUGAUGAAGUUACAUCUGAGAAACAAAUGCUGACGAAGGAACAAGGCGAUGCUGCAUCACUUCAAGACGCUUCUGAGGAAAUUAUCUAUCGUAUUGACAUCCCAGCAAAUCGAUAUGAUCUUCUCUGUCUCGAAGGCUUGGUAACUGGUUUAAUGGUUUUCCAAAAGAAAAUGGAACCACCAAAAUAUCAACGAAUCACGCCUAAGACGAUCCACACAAUGACAGUGACCGAAUCUACAAAACUUAUUCGUCCGUUCGUUGUUGCUGCUGUUCUUCGUGACAUCAAUUUAAAUAAGGAAAAAUAUGAUCGUUUCAUUGAUUUACAAGAUAAACUUCAUCAGAACAUUUGUAGAAAAAGAGUUUUAGUUGCGAUUGGAACUCACGAUCUUGACACGAUAAAAGGUCCCUUCACAUACGAUGCUAAACCUCCAAAGGAUAUUCGCUUCAUUCCACUUAAUCAAACAAAGGAAAUGAACGCUGAAGAGCUGAUGGAUUUCUAUUCAACUCAUGCACAGUUGAAAACUUAUUUGCCAAUUAUUCGCGAUUCACCAGUUUAUCCAGUGAUUUAUGAUGCAAAUGGUGUUGUGUUGUCACUUCCACCAAUUAUUAAUGGCGAUCAUUCAAAGAUUUCUGUCAACACAAAAAACAUCUUGAUUGAGUGCACAGCAACAGAUUUAACGAAAGCAAAAAUUGUUCUCGAUACAAUUGUAACUUUGUUCUCUCAUCAUUGCUCUAAGCCGUUCAAGAUCGAAGCUGUUGAAGUGAAGAAUGCUGAUGGAAGUGUUGUCAAAUAUCCUGAACUUUCGUAUCGUUUCGAAAGAGUUUAUGUUGACGAAAUCAAUAAAUACAUUGGAAUUAGCUCAUCAGCCGAUGAACUUGCUGAAAUGCUUAGUCGAAUGUAUUUAAAGACUUCAGUUGUGAACGAGAAUGAGUUGGAUGUUGAAAUUCCACCAACACGUCAUGACGUUAUUCAUGCUGCAGAUAUUUAUGAAGAUGCUGCUAUCGCUUACGGAUACAAUAACAUUGUAAAAACAGUUCCAAACAUCAACACAACUGGUUGUUUAUUUCCAUUGAACAAAUUGAGUGAACAAUUGCGCUUUGUAUUAGCACAAGCAGGAUUAACUGAAGCUCUUACAUUCACACUCUGUUCUCGUGAUGAUGUCAGCACAAAAAUGAACAAAAAAAUUGAUGAAAUUCCAGCUGUUCACAUUGGAAACCCAAAAACUGUUGAAUUUCAAAUUGCACGAACAACUUUACUUCCUGGUGUGCUCAAGACAUUAUCUGCUAACAAGAAAAUGCCGUUACCAUUGAAAUUGUUCGAGAUUUCAGACGUUGUUUUAAGAGAUUCCGAAGCUGAAGUCGGUGCAAGAAAUGAACGUCAUUUAUGUGCUGUUAAUUGUAAUAAAAAUGCUGGAUUUGAAGUUGUGCAUGGAAUUUUAGAUCGAGUGAUGCAAUCAUUAGAUGUUCCAUGGGAUAAAACGGAAGGAUACUGGCUUAAAUCUGUCAAUGAUCCAUCGUACUUUGCUGGCCGUUGUGCAACUAUUCAAUUUAAAGGAAUUGAUAUUGGCCGAAUUGGAAUUCUUCAUCCAACAGUUUUAGAAGCUUUUGAAAUUACUAACCCGGUGUCUGUUGUUGAGAUUUCUCUUGAACCUUUCGUUUAAAAUAUUUCUCAUGAAUCAUUUAAGCUUUUCGAGUUCUGAAAUUUCAAAAAAUAAAGAAAUACAAACAAAAGCUAAAAUUUCAA